AUGCAGUUGCCAUCAUUACCGUCCAGUCUUGUUCCAAUAACUUCAACUAAACAUAUACACCAAACUUGGGCGAAAACCUUCACAACUAAACCCGAUUAUUAUUUUCAACCACGGAAUGUGGCAGAGGUAAGGCAAGUGGUGAAUUUUGCCAGAGAAAAUGGUGCGAGAAUUGUAUGUGUUGGAUCUGUUCAUUCCCCACUGGACUUGGCAGUUGAAGAUUCUAAACUGAGAGAUAACAAACUCAGACCAGGGAGAAAAACUGAUGGCGAUGGGGAAACAUAUUCUAUCAAAGAGGAUGAACGAACUGAUGACAAGUUAGUUGGUCUUGAUGAGCGCUUGAAGCGUACAGCAUGGGUGAUGAAUUUGGACUUCAUGGAUAAAAUUGUUGAUAUAAGUUGGUGUGAAUCUGGGAAAGGCAGAAAAUCGAAAAAUAUUGGUAGCGUAGAUAAUAAUGAACCCAACAUCAACGAGAAAAUUGACGUUGAUUCUUCUAUUGAGAAUAUUAAAUACUGCAAUGAUUUUGAUUACGCUGAUAUUACUGUUCAAGCCGGGAUAAGGAUUUAUCAACUUAAUAACAGUUUAGCGUCCUUGGGGCUUGCUUUUCAGAAUUUGGGAAAUAUUACUGAUCAAUCCAUUGCAGGAUUGAUUGGUACAGGGUCUCACGGAUCAACAGCCUACCAAGGCCCGCUUGAUCGCCAAGUGCUUGAGCUUUGGAUUAUGGAUUCCCAAGGAGAAGUGUGGCACUGUAGCGAGUUGAAGAAUGUAGAAUUGUUCAGGGCAGGAUUAGUUUCCUUGGGAAAGAUUGGUAUUAUUGUGGCGGUUAAGUUAAGAUUUGUCAAGAAGUUCAAGAUUGGCUAUAGAAUUGAUGUAGUUGGAUUCGGAGAGUUGUCACGUUUAUGGCCAAAUUUGUGGACUGCCAGUGAGUUCGUCAGAGUGUGGUGGUAUCCUUAUACUGAGAAAUGCGUUAUUUGGAGAGGAUGGAAAAUGGAUAACAAUAAUAAUAAUGGUUCUGGAAAAAAUAAAUUGAUUCCUGCUAUUCUGUCACUAGUUAAAAAAUUGAUCAAGGUUUCAGCUACUGCUAUCUGGAAAGUAAUUCAUGAAGUGUUAUUGUAUAUUUGUAUCCGUUACUAUCCAUCGCUGUUACCUAUACUUUCACGGUAUGUAUUUUGGAAGGAGUAUGGAAAAGCUCCAGCUUUGGUUCUGUUAUAUGGCAUUGACACUGAUGAAUUAACUGUGAAAGAUAGCACAGAUGCUUUUGCAGUUGACUGUCUCUAUUCACAGUAUGUAAAUGAAUGGGCCAUACCUAUAGAUGACGGAGUGAAUUUCUUGGAGACCUUCAAUAAUGUUAUUGAUGAAGCCAAGAAUAAUAAUCAGUGGUACAUCCAUGAUCCCGUUGAACUAAGGUGCUCUAACCAUAGCAUUAAUGAGCAAGUUUCUGUUCCAUCCUCUGAAGGAAUUACUCUGCAAUGGGGAGCGACUGCUGGGAACAGUGUUGGAGGGUAUCUUGAUGCCACUCAAAAGGGUAAAGAAGUAACAUUAUACGUUAACCUUGUGACAUAUAGACCGCUUGGAUACCCUACAAAGCAUGGGAGGGCCUCCAGAGCAUUUGAAAGCUUAUGUGUUGAGCAUGGCGGACUACCGCACUGGGCCAAGAACUUUAUUGGUAGUAAAGAGUACUAUGAUGAUGAUAAUGAUGAUGAUAAUGAUGAUGAUGAUGAUAAUCGAUUGAUUGGUUACAGACUGCUUAUCAUUGAGCGCUACGGUGAUGAUUUGAAGCAAUGGCAAAAGGUCAGGCUUGAAAUGGAUCGCCAGGGGGUAUUUAUCAGCAGCUAUGGGUGGUGCCUAAGAAACGGGCUAUUGUGA